AUGUUUUACAGUUUUAAUGCAGCUGUUUUAAGUGUGACUGUUCCUGUUCAAGGGCAGCUGAUGUACUUUGUAAUGCCAUUGAAGAGCCAACAAACUAUGUUCCCCUAUUGUGUUGAAGUGAUAGGAUGGAAGCGAUUUGGCCCCUGGAACUGGAGAAUCUCCUAUAAUCUGCCGGAAGCUCGACCACACAUCCCAGACAACCUUGUUAUGAAGAUCCUGGCAGACCGCCUAAACGCGCUAGACUGCAUGACCAAUGGUUGGGUGCUUUAUGGCUUCCCAAGAGACAUAGAGCAGGGAGAACAGCUGCAAAACUCACAUAUUAUUCCAAACAGGGUAUUUUUCUUUAAUCUCCCCUACGAAUCCAUCAUGGAACGACUGUCUCAACGGAGGAUUGAUCCCGUCACUGGGGAAAGGUACCACACUACAUUCAGACCAGCACCCACACCGGAGAUCCACGCCCGUCUCAGGCAGAACCCUAGAGACAAGGAAGAAAAUAUUGAGAAGCGUGUGGAUACCUAUUACAGGAAUGUGAAGGAACUGGAGGAUUUUUAUGAAGAUGCCUUUUAUGUCAAUGCUGACCAAGACCCUCAUGUUAUCUUUGAGUUUAUAGAAAGCUGUAUCAUUAAGCCCCUUCCAUGCAAAAAAUCCAAAAGCUUAUAA